UCUAUUGUUACUUUAUCGUAAUAAACUAAUUGACAUUUAUCGAUUCUUUAUAUUUAUACAGUUAAUUAUAUCUCAAAGAGAAACAUCUGAAUUAUAUCUUAGAGAAACAUUCUAGAAGAAGCAUGUCUCUACAUUUCGAAAAUUAAAAUUGAUAGAAGACUCAUCAGUUCGUUAAACUAGUAAUCAAGUAUCGUCCCAAUCAUUAGAAAUUGUGAAUUUUUAUUCCAAUUUUGUAAGAGUCAGAAUUGCAAAAAUUGAUAAAAAUUUUUGCUAGAACAACGAUAUGGCGCAAAGAAAAAACUACAUUGAGGAAAUGUUGAAUAUGUCGGAUUUGUCGACAAAGGACUCUAACGAUUAUCAAAGUGAAAUCCCUCAAUUCUUCGCGGGCUGUAAAGUAUUUGUAACAGGUGCUUCCGGUUUUCUCGGUAUACUUUUAAUAGAAAAAUUAUUGCGAUGUUGUCCAGACAUAGAGAAAAUAUAUAUAUUAAUGAGGGCAAAAAAAGAAAAAUCAUCAGAAGUGCGGUUCAAAGAGCAUUUUAACAACCCUGUUUAUGACAGACUAAAGGAAGAGCAGCCUAAUUUUGGCAUCAAAGUAAUAAUGAUAGAAGGUGAUGUAGGCAAAUUAGAUCUUGGAUUGUCACCAGAAAAUCGAAAACUUAUUUUAGAUACAAAUAUAAUUUUCCAUGGAGCAGCGACUGUACGAUUUAACGAAACCAUUCGAACUGCAGUCAAUAUAAACGUGAGAGGAACAAAACAAAUGCUUCUCCUCGCAAAAGAAAUGCCAAAUUUUAAGGCUUUUAUAUAUACGUCUACCGCAUUUUCUCAUUGCAUAUAUCACUUUAUUGAAGAAAAGUUUUAUCCUCCACCUAUUGAAACGGAUAAAAUUUUAACAUUACUCGAUAUUUUGAACGAUGAACAAUUGGAAAAAUUAACGCCGGCAUUAAUAGGUAAAUGGCCGAAUACAUACGCCUAUACAAAAGCAAUUGCUGAAGAUACUGUGCGGCAAUAUAGUACUGCAAUUCCGGUUUGCAUCGUACGCCCAUCAAUUAUAAUAUCAACGGCAAAGGAACCAAUACCUGGAUGGAUUAAUAAUGUAUACGGAGCGAUGGGCGUAGUCGUGGGUGCUGCGAUGGGUUUAUUACGUACUUUGUAUUGCCCACCUGAUAAUGUAGCAGAAUUAGUGCCCGCCGAUUAUGUCAUUUCACACUUAAUCGUCGCAAGUUGGGAUCUCGCCAAGAAAAAAAAUGAUCUACUCAGUAUCGAAAACGCAAAUCCGGAGAUACCGGAAACCGAAAGAGUGCCAAUUUAUAACUAUGUGUCAAUAUGUCAAAAUCCCAUAACCUGGGGGAGAUUCAUGAAUUUGAAUAAGAUUUAUGGCAUGCAAGUAGUAAGCACGCAUGUUGUUUGGUAUCAUAUGCUCGUGCUAAACAAAUACAAAUUUGUACAUGAUGUCUGCGUAAUAUUUCUACAUAAAAUACCUGCUAUUAUAGUUGACAUUCUGUUGUUUCUUAGCGGUCGGAAACCUAUGUUACGAAAGGCAUAUGCGAAGAUAGACAAAUUUAGCAACGUAAUAAUGUACUUUUCAUCACAACAAUGGCGAUUCUGCAACGAUGCCGUUAUAAACCUCUGGGAACGCAUGAAUCCAGCUGAUCGUGAGAUUUUCAAUUUUAACAUAGAUGAUCUGGAUUGGGAAUCAUGUCUGAAACAUAUGAUUCCUGGUAUAUGCGUAUACUUAUUUAACGAUCCACUGGAGAUUAUAGAAAAAGAACGAGUGAAAUAUAGCAAGCUAAAAGUUGCUUAUUAUACACUAAUAACUGUUAUCUCAAUUUUGCUAAUUCUAAGCUUAAUAUUUCGCUUAAUACAAUUAUUAUGAUUAUUUUGAUUUAUAAAAUUUUUGUUUUUGUUAUGUUGGCGUUUUAAUGGCAAAAUUCAAUCAAUUAUAAAAAAAAAAGAUAAUAAAAAAAGAGAAUGAAAUAAUUACAAGUAAA